AAUAGCAGAGUACAAUAAUAAUUUUUAUCACUUAUCAGAUUAAUCUCUCAUUCUCUCACCUGUUCACUUUUUACUAGAACGUGCACUGUUGUGUCCAAAAAUGAGAUUUAUAAGUGUGUUUGUUAGCGUUAUUUUAUUUAACACUUUCAGAUUGUCAACAGCCUACAAAGCUGCAGUUUUCGAACAUUAUGCGCUACAAGCCGAUACUCCAGAAAACACUAUCUUGAAAAAUCUUGACGAAUAUAGAAAUCAUGCAGAUAAAGCUAAAAUUCAGGCUGCGGAUAUUGCUGUCUUUCCGGAAUAUGGUCUUACGACAGUAAUACUGGACAAUCCAGAGGAAUAUGCAGUUGUUGUCAACAGCACAAACCAUAUUAUAAACGAACUAAUGACCAUUGCCAAAGAGCGGGCCAUUUAUCUAGUUGUAAACUUACUGGAAAAAGAGGAGGAAGCCAACAAAAAGACUAAAUAUUACAACACAAAUUUAGUCUUCGACAGAGAUGGAAAAAUAAUACUAAAAUACCGCAAAAUCAAUCUCUUCAAUGAAGGAAAACUUACCGCAGGCCCGAAAGAUCAAACCCCUACAUUUACCACAGAUUUCGGUGUUACGUUUGGCAUUUUCACAUGCUUUGAUAUUCUUUUCGAAAACCCGUCGAGAACUGUACUAAAGAAUGACGCUGUUACGGAUAUUGUGUUCCCCACAGCUUGGUUUGCAACAAUGCCUUUCUUUACAUCUUUGAGCAUCCAACAUGGUUACGCUGCAGCUAACGGCGUGAAUUUACUUGCUGCUAACUUUAAUAAUCCGAAAGAAACCCAUGGUGGUAGUGGGAUCUACUUAGGAGAUGGUAGAGUUGUGGAAAUGGUCGUUUUUGACACUCCAAGCAGUAAACCUUUAAUCCAGGAGGUACCAAAAUUAUCCAAACGAGAAGACAAAAGCAUCUGUCCUAAACUUUCCCCAUUUGGCCUUCCAAAUGAUUUAACUAAAUCCAAUGUUAGCAAUUAUCACACAGACUACGAGUUUAAAGCUUCAAACUACAAGCUCAAGAAAAUUGAUUUGACCCAAAGCAAUGUUACAACCACCAUUUGUGACUCCACGUUUUGUUGCAAUUUUGAAAUUAUUAUUAGUACUUCAGAAACAAACACAAGCAGUGUCUACAAGGUAAUGGCUUAUGACGGACCUGUUUCUUACGGUAAUGUUAACGCUCAUAUUCGAGUGUGUAGUUUGGUAGCUUGCGAAAGUGACUCAGACACGAGUUGUGGAAAAAGAGUUGAUGUUGGUGUCAAGUUUACGAAAAUUACAGUUAAAGGAGAUUUGAUAACUGAUGAAACCUACCCAACUUACUACACACCUUUGACUCUAAAUACCUAUCUUCAGCCACUAACGCAAACGAUUUAUUGUAACAAUAAGAAUAGUGGAAGCAACUCUACUUCUGUCCAACUAACCACAACAAAGGCGCAAAAGGACGUCUUAGUUUUUGGGAUUUUGGGAACAACAACAGCAUCUGCAGCUGCACCUUCGGUAUAUGCUUGCAGUGUUUUGUUCGUAACAAUUUUAAGCCUAAUUAAAUACAUUGUCAUUUAAUUACUUACAGACAAUAAAUUAUAAUAAGUAUUAAUUAUA